GGAAGGACGACAGGACUUCUGAGGCCUCUUGAACUUAUUCACGGAGCUGGAGAAUUUGGAGGUUGCCCUGCUAAGAUAUUGCUUGCUGUUUACUUGUGUUUUACGACUUGUUGCAUUUUCUGAGGAGGAAUCAGAAAUCAGAGUAGUUCUAUUUCAGAGUUCUUGAAUUGCUGACUCGAGGAAGGAUUUUCUCUUCCCACACUACUCAUCUCUCCAUUGGAAGCAUUACCUUUAUCUCUGGUACAUUUCCUAUCCAGCAUGUCUCAUAAUAAUCCAUAUAGCAGGUCUACAACAGAUCUUAGUUCACAUCAAGGAGCCUUUUAUACAUCAGGCCAUCUACACCAUGAAGAGCAUGACAUCUAUCGAACCUCUCUCCAGCCAUCUCCUCAGUCAACAUCCGUUUUCACAACCCCAAAGAGUGCCCUGGAGUCUUAUUCCUCCCAAAGUACUACAACCUCUGAAAGCGCUUUGAGUCUUCUCUCCAGCUGUGGGCUUGAGCCUGCAGAUCUUUCUAUCCUAGCAGGUAUGCCUGAAAAUAUGAUCACAGAGGAGACGCUCCCCCGUCUGCUCAUGGAGAUCAGGCAGAAGAAGGCCCUCCGAGACCACAGCCAUUCAUCCAGCCCUCACCGCAGCACAUGCCAUCAGCCUCUCCAGCCUUCCUCAGACAAAUGGGAGAAUUCCGUUCGUGCUUUCCUUGCAGAAUAUCCGGCAAACCCUCCCCAACGUCCUUCAUACCCAUCACUCCCAACCCCACAUACCUCAUACCCGCUUCCCAGGGAGGAGACUGACAGCUGGAAAGAUCGCUGGGGGAACCCCAGGCAAACUGGUGCCGUCAGGCAGGAGAAACCCAGCUCCACCUAUGUUGUGGACUAUAACUACGGCCGGCUACAAGAGGGGGAUUCACGACGCCUUGAGAGACCAGCUUAUAGUGCGAGAGCUGUAGGCAUCGGAGAGCGACCCCAUUUGCAAUCUUCGUCUGAUUACCGGCAGUUGAACCCAGGCAAAGCGCCAGCAGCAACAUAUCAAAAGAAGCAAAUCCUUCCCUUGGCUACUGCAGUUCACUCGACUCCAACAGCAAGAGAAGCAGAUGAUUUCCAUGGUGCUGCACCCCAAACCUUUCCUUACGCAUGUAUACUCUGUGACAUUGCAGUUCUUUCUGAAAAGGACUGGACCUUACACAUAAAUGGGGCUCAACAUGCAGACAGCCAGCUUGCUAUGUUACAAAUGUAUCCUGAUUGGGACUGUCGGACUAGAUCAGCUAGACAGAGUGACUCCAGUUCAGAGAAAGGCAGGAAAGAAAAAAACACUGGAGGAAGUAGGCAUGGAGCUACGCAACACUAUGGGGUUACACCAAGCUGUGAAGGGAAAAGCAGUCCUGCCGGAGAGAAGGCUGCCGGAAGAGUGGUUUGUGCUAAAUAUGCAGCUAAUUCUAUGAAUGAGCGCUCCUUGAGGAGGCUGGUUAACCAAGUUGGGACAGCAGUGAAUGUUAUGAUGUUCCCUGUACAGGGUUUCAUUGAGAUGAGUACACCAGAUGAAGCAGAUGCUGUUAUAAAAUAUUUCAACAGGAACCCAGUUGUAGUUGAAGGGAGCCAUGUCCAAUUUUCUAUGUCUGCUACAUAUAAUUUUCUCCAGAAUUCCCCGGUGGUGAUUUUUUCCUUGUUGCCCCCUGGAAAUGCGGUGUACGCUGAGAUGAUGGGCAUUGCUAAACUAUUUGGACCUGUUAAACACUCCUUAUUUUUUCCGAAUCAGGUGCUCGUGGAAAUGGGAUCCAGAGAAGAUGCUGGAAAGUUGGUUCAAUAUUACACCUCCCACCCCCUUAAAAUGAGUGGCAAAAUUAUCCAAGUAUCCCACUCUACAGAGUACAGCACACUGAAAUUUGCAGUAAGUGACAAACAUGCUGAAGAUGGAGAGGCCAGCAGACACAGCGGCCAGUUGUAUAGGUCCCAGACUAGAUCAUCUCCUAGCCCUAGGAGGAGGUCUCCCAUUCCAAGGAGGUCUCCCAAUAUGAGGAAGAGAUAUCCCAGCCCCAGGAGUAGGUCUCCCAGCCAAAAGAGGAGGUCUCCAAGCCCAAGGAGGAGGUCUUACAGUCCGAGAAGGACGUCUCCCAACACCAGGAAGAGGUCAUACAGUCCAAGAGGGACGUCUCCCAACACCAGGAGGCGAUCUCCCAUUCAAAUGAAAAGGUCUCUUGGAAACAGGAGGAGGUCUCGUAGUCCAAGGAGGAAGUCCAGGGAGAAAUGUGAUGUUGCCCCCAAGGUAGAGGACAAAGCUUCAGUGGAGGAAACAAGGUCUUCCAGCAGGCAUAGGAAUCAGUCCUCUCGAAGGUCCACAUCCCAUACCAGGGAGGACAAGAGCAACUCCAUUAGACAUUCUGUUGAGAAAACAGUUAAUACUGAGAAGGCAGUGGUCAAAGGAGUAUUGACAGAGACUCCAGACCUGGGGAGCAGCCAAGAGCCGUCAUGCAUUAAUCCUCAGGAGAGUGUGCCUAGCCCGAAGGAACACCCCAAAGAUCAUGGUACUGCCCAGAAAAUGCAAGACCAAACUGAGGACUGCGAGGGAGGGAAUUACAGCGACAUGGACAGUGACAUAGAAGGAAUGGCAGUGAUUGGAGAGGAUGAGGAGAUGAGGUCAGAAGCAGGCUCUAUGGAAUCCCUGGAGGAAAUGGAAGAACAUGUGAGUGAUGAAGCUGGAAAAGAGAGGACUUUAGCAGAUGAUUUAUCUAUUUGUCCUUCAGAGGCUGCUGAAGCUAGUGAAAAAGAAAAACAAGUGGAAACAGUCAAGGCAGUGCAGGUGGAGAAACAAGAGGAAGGCCAGCAUGAGCUAGGGGAACCUAAUGAGGCAUAUGAAGAGGAUGAACCUGAUUUCCCUGAAAGCUUGGAGAACUGUAUUACUCUAGAUGAGCUUGAAGAUGAUGAUAAUGAGGGGCAGACACUUUCAUCACGAGGCAACUUCGAUCAGAGAUCCAUGGAGGAAGAACAGGAACAUGGAAGAGUUAUCUACAUCCAAAAUCUUCCAUUUAGCUAUUACACUGAUAAAGAGUUUGUGGAGCUUGGCAAGAAGUAUGGAAAAGUGAAUCGUUAUUUCUUGAUCCGUCGUCGUCAAGAGGGCUUCAUUGAAAUGGAGAGAUCUGCCGAUGCCCUGAGAGCUGUAAGGGAGCUAUCAAGAAAGUGUGUGGCAAUGGAUCGCAAUAUUUUGGUUAUUCAUCUGUCGCGGAAAUACAAAAGAUUGACAUGUGGGUGGAAGCCUGAAUCAGACUCAGAAGAUGACAGUGAGCAGAGGAAAUGUCGAAGGGAAAGGAGGAGGAGGGAGCGAGAAAGAACCAAAUCCAGCAAGGAGGAAGAGCCCCCAGCUAAGAUCUGCAUCAGGGAAGAGAAGACCGCCCAAGCAGAGGCCAACAGCAGCACCAAAGAGGAGGAGAAGGCUGCCACAGAGGAACCCAGCAGCAAUGGGGGGCAGCAGCAGGAAGAAGAAGAAAAGGGUGCUUCUGAGACACCUUGUAAACAGGAAGAGUUGGCAGGGAAGAAAGAAAAUGAAGAUGUGAAUAUUAGCCUGCCCUCCAACAGUGUGAAUACCCAGGAAAAGGCUGAUACAGAGGAACCCAGCAGCAACGGGGAGCCGCAGCAGGAAGAAGAAGAAAUGGGUGCUUCGGAGACACCUUGUGAACAGGAAGAGUUAGCGGGAAAGACAGAAAAUGAAGAUGUGAAUAUUAGCCUGCCCUCCAACAGCGUAGAUACCCAGGAAAAGGCUGGUACAGAGGAUCCCAGCAGUAAUGAGAAGCAGCACCAAGAAGAAGAAAUGGGUGCUUCUGAGACAUCUUGUGAGCAAGAAAAGUUAGCAGUGAAAACAGAAAAUGAAGAUGUGCAGCUCAGCCAGCCCUCUGACAGCAUGGACACACAGAAGACAGACACAGAGGGGGAGACCAGUGAUGAAAAUUCAGAUGGAAUCAAACAGGUCUGUGUUCAGGAGGGGAAAGUGGAAAUGAUAACAGAGCCCACUCAUGUCCCUGUGGGGCCCUACCUGCCCAACAACCCCAUGGGAAGGGAGUUUGUCAGUCAGAAAAUUGGAUACUUCUGCCGCCUAUGCAAUGCCAUCUAUGUCACCGAAGACGAAGCAAGGAAUGAACAUUGCUCCAGCCUCUCUCACUAUGAGAAACUGAAGGCGUACUUGGAGCAAAACGGCAAUCCUAAUUGACAUUGAACUGCACAGUGGUUAUUAUAAAAGUCCUAUGACAACUCAUGUGUGGAAACAGCCCUUGAUUAAGUAGUUACAUCAGUGGGACCUGAUGUGCAACAAUCUUCCAAGAAGAAUAGAAUAGCAAGAAAUAUGAUGAGAAUUGGAAAAAAUCCAAACCAGCUGUUAGAGGACAAUGCACCUAGGCUGGGAGGCUGGGUUUUCUGUUCGCCGGGAAGCUCUUGUGCACUCCUGUUGGUCGUAAUAAUUAUUUUUUUUACUAUUGUUACUACAAAUAACAAAAUCUGUUCAGAUUGUUGUUCAGAUUUAGUUUAUUUCAAUAUAAAAUAGUCUACUUUACUGUGUAUGGUUGUUUUGUUGGUAGCCACACAUUUAUUUUUGUUGUGUAUAAUGAAUGUUUAAUCUUCUGUGUAUUAAAGUCAUUGUAGCUGA